AUGCCCGACUUUGACAAGCAGAGCUACUGGCACCAACGUUUCGAGUCGGAGACGGCCUUUGAAUGGCUGAUCCCGUCGUCUACGUUUAUGCCCCUUCUUGAGGCUUUCCUCAACAAGUUGCCCGGUUCUGAUGCCAGAAUCCUGCAUCUGGGUUUUGGCACGAGUGACUUGCAAGUCCAGCUCCGGACGCGUGGUUUUGUUAACAUUACCAAUGUGGACUAUGAGCCUUUGGCGAUAGAAAGAGGCCGGCACCUCGAGAUGACGGCGUUUGGCGAUGUGACGAUGCAAUACAUCACUGCUGAUGCUACAAAUCUCGCUUCUGUUCCCGAGAUAUCUUCCCAGAGAUACCACCUUGUCGUCGACAAGAGCACAGCUGAUGCUAUCUCUUGCGCAGGCGACGAUGCGGUUUUGGCUAUGGCCCAAGGAAUUCACCAGAGUCUGGCCGAUGACGGUGUCUGGAUCUCGGUGAGCUACUCGGCCUUCCGGUAUGACAAUCCGCAGCUGCCGUUUGAUGUCGAGGUCAUCGCCAACAUUCCAACCGCCAAGGCGAGGGCGACUGAUCCAGAUAUCUAUCACUAUUGCUACCUCCUACGUCCGAAACCCAACGUGUAG